GAGCAACACAGUUAGCGUGUGAAACGAUUUAAAGAGCAGCCAGUGGUCACAUGAAAGCAUAUCACCGGCUUAAAAACACCAGAUCCGAGCGGUCUCCAUCCAAUAAUGCUCUCACGGGCCGGCACAAUGUUAAUGGCCUAAUUAUUUAAGCCGUUUACUGCCGCCACAGUAUUUUAAAUUUCUCUUUCCCGAAGUUAAGGCCUGAGUAAAGCAAAGCAAAUGGUGGGCCAAAGGGUGGCAAAUUCUCCUCGUUUGUUUCAGCUGCUUUUUAUUUUAUUUCGGCUGUGAAUGAGGAAUUUGAACGCUGAGCAGAGAAUUUUUUCUCAGUCGGCUGCUGCUAUUAAUGUGGAUUAUGGAGUUCCAGAUUUCAAAAUGAUGCCUGUUGCUGCUCCGGCCUCUCUUUGCAAUAGGGUGUUGCAAGCUUAUCCAUUUGAGGGUUCCACGUUUGAGAUGGCAACAUGUGAGCCGUUUUAUCCAUCAAUGGCGGAGUUCAACACAAACAUGUGGAUGUGUGAAAAUAAAAACAAGAAAAGGCUCCGAGAAUCAUAUGAGCCGAUUAACUUUGUCUCCUUAGAAGGCGGCCUUAUGGCAAAUCCUUUCAACAUGCACCAGCAAUCCUGCGUUUCCACAGCCUUGCAUCUCAACUUCCAAGAGAAUCUCGCAAAUUAUAUCAACUCAUCAGACUUCAACAAUAUUACGCCUAACAACAACACAAUCUGUGCAAGCAAGAAUCUGGCUGCUGAGAUUCAACGCCAGAACGACGCAACUGAGCAGUUAAUAAGACUGGAGCAAGGACGAACGAGGCAACUUCUACUGGAAAAGACAGAAAAUCAUUGCAAGGCGUUACUGUGCUCUGUUGCUUUAGCAGUAUCGUGGAAGCUGCGGGAGAAGGGUUUAGAGCUUCUUCGCAUGAAUCGCAAGAACAUGGAGCUGGAAGAACAAAUAAGAGGUCUCGCCAUCGAAUCCCGGGCAUGGAAGAAGCGUGCCAAAUGUUGCCAAGCAAUGGCCGUUGCCCUCAAACUGCAGAUUGAGGAAGUGAACAAAGAAGGCAGCGGAGACAGCGAAGAGGAGGCCUUCAAUGCCGUGCCUGACAUCUCCUCUUCCUCGUGUCAAAUAAUUCACAGCACAAACAACAACAAUAGUAGCAUUUAUACUAAUAUUUUCAUAGAAAACAGAGAUCUGAAGAUGCAGAGGAGUUGCAGGCUUUGCAGGAGCAAAGAGGUAAGAAUGCUGCUACUGCCCUGCCGUCACCUAUGCCUUUGUAAACACUGUGACAGCAUAUUAGACGUUUGUCCACUCUGCUCUGCUCACAAAACUGCAAGUGUAGAGAUUGAAACAACAUAAUAGUUUAUCAGUGUUUCUCAGAACGGUAUAAAAGUAUUACGCCAGAGUUGAAACUUUUACAAUUGUUUGCUUUUAAAAUCAUAUUAAAUUAUAGAUUUUAAUAUAUAGUUUUUAUUAAUUAA